AGUAGAUUGGUCCCCGCCUUCUGGAGGCCGAAAGCUCAAAACCCGGACAGCGGACACAGCAGCUGAGAUCGUUCAGAAGAACCAGGUUACAGAUAAAUUGUUUAGGGUUUAAGGGUCUUCAACUUUUUAUUCAAUCCUCUUCUCUACAUUUCUUCUCAAUCUCCUCUCUUCUUCUACACAACAUUUCCCUUUCAAUCACGUUAGUUUCAGCGUAUACAACAUGUACGGUGAUCCCCAGCAGUUUCAGCAGCAGCAGCAGCCCAAUCAGCAUCCUCUUGGUGGGGAUUUCCCAAGAGGCCCGCCUCCGUCAGGGCCACCCAUGAUGAGGCAGCCGUCUGCUUCUUCGACUACACUCGCUCCGGAGUUUCAACAGCACCAUCAUCCUCGCCACCCAUCUGGCCCUGCUCCUCCUUAUGAAGCCCAUGGGGACAGUUUUGGUGCAAAAAGAAUGAGGAAGCUUACUCAAAGGAGGGCAGUCGAUUAUACUAGUACUGUCGUGCGCUACAUGCAGAUCCGUAUGUGGCAACGAGAUUCAAUGGAUAGGACUGUGUUGCAAUCAACUCCAGCAGCAUCGAUUGAUAUGUUGCCACCAGCUGCCUAUUCAGAUAAUCCAUCUACAAGCUUUGCCGCUAAAUUUGUCCAUACCUCAAUCAACAAAAAUCGUUGUUCCAUCAAUAGAGUGUUGUGGACUCCUACUGGGAGACGUCUGAUUACAGGCUCACAAAGUGGUGAAUUUACCCUUUGGAAUGGACAGUCGUUCAAUUUUGAAAUGAUUCUUCAGGCUCAUGAUCAAGCAAUUAGGUCUAUGGUAUGGAGCCACAAUGACAACUGGAUGGUCUCUGGUGAUGAUGGGGGCUCAAUAAAGUAUUGGCAAAAUAACAUGAAUAAUGUGAAGGCGAAUAAAUCAGCUCACAAAGAAUCAGUUCGGGACUUGAGCUUCUGUAGAACCGAUUUAAAAUUCUGUUCCUGUUCUGAUGAUACUACUGUCAAAGUUUGGGACUUCGCUCGGUGUCAAGAAGAGCGUUCUUUGUCUGGCCAUGGGUGGGAUGUGAAAAGUGUUGAUUGGCACCCCACGAAGUCUCUACUAGUUUCAGGUGGCAAAGACAACCUCGUAAAACUUUGGGAUGCAAAAUCCGGGAAAGAGCUUUGCUCAUUUCAUGGUCAUAAAAAUACAGUACUAUGUGUUAAGUGGAAUCAAAAUGGUAACUGGGUGCUGACUGCUUCAAAGGAUCAAAUCAUCAAGCUUUAUGACAUAAGGGCUAUGAAAGAACUCGAGUCGUUCCGCGGGCAUAGAAAGGAUGUGACUGCAUUGGCCUGGCACCCUUUCCAUGAAGAGUAUUUUGUUAGUGGGAGUUUUGAUGGCUCUAUUUUUCAUUGGCUUGUUGGACAUGAAACUCCUCAGAUUGAAAUUUCCAAUGCACACGAUAAUAGUGUUUGGGACCUUGCAUGGCAUCCUAUUGGUUAUCUUCUUUGCAGUGGUAGCAACGAUCACACAACCAAAUUUUGGUGUAGAAAUAGGCCAGGAGACACCGCUCGUGAUAAGUUUAGCACAGGUUACAAUGAGCAAAAUCCCGCUGGCUCUGCUCGUAUGACUGGUAACUUCGUGGUACCUGAUGGACCUACUACUCCUGGACCAUUUCCGCCUGGCCUGGCUCGAAACGAGGGAACCAUUCCUGGCAUUGGAGUUGCAAUGCCCUUAUCUGAUACUGCUGCAAUGGGAGAACAUAAGCAGCCACAUCAAAUUUCAAUGCCAGUAGGGGCUCCUCCCCUCCCACCUGGUCCACACCCUUCUCUUCUUGCUGCCAAUCAGCAGCAUUCUUUUCAACAGAACCCUCAGCAGUUCAUGCAACAGCAGCAGCAGCAGCAACUACAACACCACCAGAACCAACAAAUGGCCCCAGGGCCCAUGCAACCUCAAAAUUUGCCACACUUACAGCCACCGUCGCAUUUCCCUUUGCUCCCACACCCAAAUUUACCUCGACCGCCACAAAUGCCCUCACUGAAUAUGCCUUCACAGCCUGGAUCAUUGCCUUCACCAGGACCUGCCUCGGUACAAAUGCCUAUGCCUGGUCCAAUGGGGAUGCAAGGAUCUAUGAAUCAGAUGGGUCCUCCCAUGCAACAAAACCAUUUUAUGGGCAUGAAUCCAAUGCACUCUGGAUCUAUGCCUACCAGUGGUGCUCCACCUUCUGUUCAAGGUUUUCAGAAUAGUUUGCCAAAUAUGCAAGGCCCAUCAAAUGCGUCUGGGGCACCAAUGUAUCCACAGGGCGGUGCAUUCAAUCGGACACAGGCCGGGCAAAUGCCAAUGACGCCAGGAUUCAACCCGUACCAGUUCGGCGGUCAACCCGGGAUGCCACCACCGCAACAAGCAGGUCCCCCGCCUCAUGGCCAGACGCCUCAGUAAUCCAUGUCAGUUUGCGCCGGAGAAAGAGGGCCCCUUCCCUUUCCUAUGUUGUAUUCCUUUCAAAACAUCUAUAUGGAGGUGUUGCUGUGAAGAUUGGUUUUAGAGGUCUUGAGAGUAUUUGCUGCUGACACAUAAAGAAACAGAACCUUCUCCCACUUCCCUCCCUUAGAUUUUAGUUUGUACUUUUAUUCUUUUUUAUUUUAGUUGAUACAACAUUUUAAUGUUUUUUUUUUUUUUUUUGUACUUUAUUUGAAUGCAUCAGUUAAAAUUUUAUACAUUUAGAUGAGGGAAGCUUGUUUGUGACUUACUAUGUUGGCAGUUUAA